UCACGAUUGUGAUUGUACCUGUCUGUUGAGCUUGCAUGUUGCUUCGCAGCUUCCUGUGCAUCUUUGACACCCAUGCGUGCUUCCUCCUCCUCAAGGCUGCAACGUCACCAGCAUCAGACAAGCGGCACACCCACCCGCGCAACACACGUAUCUAUUCGCAACUGACUUGGUUCGUAGAAGCAGUCACAGUGCAAGAGAGACGCAAUCAUGUCGACGUUUGGAACGCACUUCCGGGUCACCACCUAUGGGGAAUCCCACUGCGAAUCGGUUGGAUGCAUCGUGGAUGGAUGUCCGCCGGGUAUGAAGCUCAGCAACGAGAAUGUGCAGGUGCAACUGAGUCGACGCAGACCAGGCCAGAGCGACUUGACCACCCCCCGAGACGAGAAGGACAAGGUGAGCAUUCAGUCCGGCGUAGAGAAGGGCGUCACGCUGGGUACGCCCAUCAGCAUGCUAGUCAAGAACCAAGAUCAGAGACCUAAAGAUUAUACGGACGAGACGUUGGAUCUGUACCCGAGACCAAGCCAUGCGGAUUGGACUUAUCUGGACAAGUACGGAGUCAAGGCCAGCUCGGGAGGUGGAAGGAGCUCGGCGAGGGAGACGAUCGGUCGAGUCGCCGCGGGAGCUGUGGCAGAAAAGUACCUCUACGAAGCAUUCGGCGUCGAAAUCGUCGCUUUCGUAUCCUCUGUCGGCGCCGUGCACAUCCCUCGCUUCCCUGGAGAGAAGCUGGCUUCAGAAUCAUCUGCCUCCAAAGCCACUUCCUCAAACGAUGCGGCAAUCGGCUCACAUGCUGGAGCGGUGGAUAACACGCUGGAUUUAAGCGGGUUGAACGAGGACGAGAUCCAGGAACCCCUGAGUAAAGAGUUCAGAAACUUGCUUGACAGCGUCACGAGACAAGAGGUGGACAAGGACGAUGUGCGAUGUCCCCACCCUUUGGCUGCAGAACGGAUGAGACAGCGCAUUUUGCUGGCCAAAUCCAAGAACGACUCGAUAGGCGGUACAGUGACAUGCGUCAUUCGCCGUGUUCCAUCGGGGCUGGGGGAACCCUGUUUCGACAAGUUGGAAGCCAAGUUGGCCCACGCCAUGUUGUCCAUCCCAGCCACCAAAGCAUUCGAGAUCGGAUCUGGCUUCAGAGGUACUGAGGUGCCCGGCAGCAAGCACAAUGACGCCUUUGUUGAGAAGAAUGGCAAGUUGGGAACAGAGACGAAUUGGAGCGGAGGCAUUCAGGGUGGCAUUUCUAAUGGCGAAGAUAUUUAUUUCAGAAUCGGUUUCAAAUCGCCGGCCACAAUCUCUCAGGAUCAAAAGACGGUUUCGUACACUGGCAAAGCAGGCGUACUUGCAACGCGGGGCAGACACGAUCCAUGCGUCGUUCCUCGCGCCGUGCCAAUCGUGGAGAGCAUGGCAGCCCUGGUACUCAUCGACGCUCUUUUGGCUCAGGACGCUAGACAUUUGGCAGCGACCAGGCUAGACAGACGCAAUGUCCUCGAUCUGCCAAAGAGCAUGCGGUUGGAGGAAAAGGUCAAGCAGGAAGCUUCAAAGUAGAUUGCGGUUGUCGUCAAGGCAUACUCGACGCGCUCCAGCGGCGAUUGGGAGCUGCAUUUCGAACCAUUUUACUGCAGCAAAGACGCGCUGAUCGCAUCGAUUCGUUUGCAGAGCAACUACUGAUUGAGAGAGUGCAGAAUUGUGCAAAGUACUGAAGAUGAGCUGAUGGUACAAAAAUUCCGAACGUGACCAGGCAAACACUUCAUCUCCAGCCAUGCGUCAAAGCUUGCUCGCGCCCAUGGCAUCCUUCUCCGCUGCUUCUUCUUUCUGGACCAUGGCCCGCAGCAAUUUACGAAGAACC